CCGACAGCUUCGGAAAUGGAUUUUACACAUCUCUUCUACUUUGUCUUUUGCUGAGUACUGCAUUGCAUAACAAUUUAAACAAAAAUAAUAUUUUUUAUAAAAUUAUUUAUUCAAAUCAUCAAUAAAAAAAAGCAAUCUUUUCGUCUUCAUAAGCAGAAAUAAAAUCAUUAUUCAUCACAUUGCAGCAUCAACCAUUUUAUCAACUGAUCACAAACAAUUUUCCCAUCUAACAUCUAAACCUCACGAUCUCAGUAUAAUGUCUCUCUCUCUCUCCAUCUCAUUUAAUUGCAGGUGAUGUUUUUCAUUCCAGCUCCAUACUCUCGUUCUCUUCAUGCUCCACGCAGGAAGAGAAGCUUUUGCGCGUUAGUCUCACCGGAGCGUUUGACGAAGGAAGAUGAAUUCCCGUACUGGCAGCUUCUUUCAAAGCGGUGCCCAAUAGUUCGUAGUUGACUCUCGCGCGGUAAAGACAACAUAUCAAACAUAAAAAUACCAGCCGUUCGCACGAACAGUGAAGAAAGGUGGAUAGCGUGAUAAAAGUGAAGACAAAACGUAAAAGUGGUUAGAGAAAUGAUUGAUUUUCCUGCCCUGCCCGAUCAGCUGACAGUUUGGUGCUUUUGGUGAGGAGUGCUUUUGUGCGGCGCAUAUAGAACCCAUUCAAACCCAGUGAGUGAAUGAGUGUUUUAAAGUAAAAAAAAACAAUAGAGUGUUAACUGCAUGUGGUAUAAAAGAUUAAGGACUGUUCGAAAAAUAAAAAAAUCGAGUGUAACAGGCAAACAAGUACCCUUUUAUUUAUUGUAGUGACAACCUGUUGGUGUAAAUCGUUCUUGUGCGUAAAGCACUAUCGGAAAGAGAUCAAAGUGUACGGCACUCAAACAACGCUAAGGUGAAGCAAAACACUAUUACUCCGGUCCACCGUAUCGUUAGCCCUAGAACACGAUCAGCGAACGUUAUAUGAGCCUGGUGUAAUAGAGUGCUAAACAAUCCCACAAUAUUGAUUUUCCCUGUCCUCCUUUCCCCUCACCACACACCUCCUACCCUCCUUACAUUAAUUGACACAAGUGUAGUGAUGCAGCUAAGAUGCGCGCGCAUAUUAUCCCGGUUGCGAAACAUUUCCCGCAUGCCCUGAAACUGGCAUCAGUAUUUUAGUAUUAGAAAUCAAUUUCCUCACACCACACCUCAUUCCACCUGUUCCCACCCCCAUCCCGUACUCCAGUUAUCGUCCUGGGACAGCAACAGUGCUCCAGUUCCAACAGUGUUGUACAGUGUUUCAGGUGCAUUUGGUGCACCAUAUCCACCAGUUCCACCGUCCACCGAGAAUGGUGGCUUAAUACAAGUGUGAGUGUGUGUGUGUGUGUUUGUGUUUUGUGAAGUGAAAAAUCAGUGCCGAACAUGGUGUUCCGGAUGUUCCGGAUCCGGCCGCAUCUAGAAGUGGAGCGCAAAGUGUACUGAUGUGCGACGUUCGUGUUAGUGCGCACCGACCAGCGAGCAGCAGCGUGAGCAAAAAUUAGCAUGCCGCAUGUGUUGGUGGUGUACGGCGCAUAGUUUGGUACCGUAUCAGCUUCGAUUACGGGUGCGCAAUCGAGCUUUUUGGGCGUGCGCGCGAGCGCGAAAGGAAAGAAGGUGUAAGGUGUACAAAUAACAUAAAGUAUAAUCAUAUCGCACUGCUCGUGCCGGAGCUGUUGUGCCGGUUUUCGACUUAUCUGUGUGUGGUGUGAAGGAGCCUUUGUGCAAGAUGCCUGCCGGUUAUAGAGCGAAUGGACAUAUACCACACCCUGGGAAUGGACACAUUAGUGAGUUCACUGCCACGGAUAAGUAUUACACAAACGGUGGACCGAAACUACGGGGCUGGACAAAUGGAGGUAUGCAGGAUCAUCAGUCAACACUGUCCCGACCCCGAUCGGCCGAAGUCAUCACGGCGAACGGUAAUGGCACACUACCGAACGGACGUCACAUGAACGGUGUGCUUACCCGUGGCCCCGGGGGAUUGCACGAGGAUCUAGAGUUCCCUCCAACACCCCGAACACUGUCCAAGAAGAAACAAAUCGUCUGGAUGCGACCUCACGAUAUGUGUGCAAGACCACAGUUUCGCAUUGCACCACCGGGAACGCCACUCACCGCCAGGGAGCUUCCCGAACCCGUGGGUCCCGGUGAUCCCAGCUUACUGGCAGCGCUUGGAUGUUUAUCGCAGCUGCCAAGACUUCUGGAGCGUGUCGUCCCACCGGAACAAACUUUCGAUACCGCCAACGGAUACUGUGGAAUGUUCAAAUUUCGCUUCUGGCAGUGGGGAAAAUGGAUUGAGGUGCGAGUUGACGAUCGGCUACCAACCCGGGGAGACCGCCCAGCACACAUGCAUUGCGCUCAGCCAGACAUCUUCUGGGCGGCAUUGUUGGAGAAAGCCUACGCCAAAUUGUAUGGAGGAUAUACCUUCUUGAAGUACGGUACAGUAGGACGAGCCUUACAAGAUCUUACAGGAGCAGUCGUACAGAGUGUACCUCCCAGUGGCCCAUUAUUAGGUGGUGCAGUGCCGAGAUCAACACUCCUGAUCGCCAUUAGUGGACUGGAGAAAGAGACCAAAAGGCGUCGAUCAGGCCUGCUCACUGAACACCCGUACUGUGUGACCGGACUUGCGCGAGUGAGAGCCAACUCGAACGAUUCCGUCACACACGGCAGUGGCUCGUCAGGUGGUGACACUAGCUUGAUUCGCCUGCGCAGUCCCUGGAUCGGUGGCGAAUGGGGUGGUGUCUGGUGUGGAGCAUGGUCGGAACGAAGCUGGGAAUGGAACGCACUGAACGAACGCGAUCGGGAACUGCUCUCAUCACGCUCCUCCAAUGACUGUGAGUUCUGGAUGUCCGUGAACGAAUUUCUAACGCGUUUCGUCGUGAUCUGGUUGGCACACAUCGGACCGGACGAUUGGGCACUCGAGCCGGGGUUGCAUACACGUGCCCCGUGGAGGGCAGCCCUUGCCGUACGGCAAUGGCGUGCCGGAUUUAAUGCUGGCGGCCCGCACAAGUUCAUCGAGACGACUGCCACGAAUCCUCAGUUCCGUAUCCGGGUACCGCCUGGCCAUCCCUCCAAAGCGCACGUCGUUGUGGCCGUAUCCCAAAAGUAUGAGUGCUACCGUAGCCGGAACUAUGAGGAUGAGGAGAUUGGGUUUACCAUCUACGAGGUACCACCCGGGAUGCAGCGCGUUACGCCACAGUACGUAAGUGAGCAGAUGCCGUUGGAUUUUGCCCCACUGUCGAAUCUGCGGGAGAUCGCAACGUUCUUUGCGCUGCCGGCCGGUGACUUUGUGGUGAUGCCACACGCGGCCCAGCAUCGCGAAGGACGGUUUCUGUUGCGCAUCUUCGCCGAUCAGCACACGGACGUGUGGGAGGUGAAUGAGGAGAACCUGGUGAUACACAACAUUGCGGCUGAGUUUUGUGACGAGCGUACAAUUGAUGCUCGAAUCCUCUACAAACUUCGCGCACGCUAUCCACACGAAAUAGACGCCACCCAGCUACAAGCCAUCCUGAAAGCGCACGGCGGUAAUAACCGAGGAUUCCGUGGGCUUGGCGGCAUCAACUGUGGACCCUCGCUGGAACUUUGUCGCGGUAUGCUAGCGCUGCGAGAUCCAGCUCUGGGCGGCCGUCUUUCUAUCGAGCAUGUACCGGCCUUGAUCGGGUUGAUGCGAUUCUGGAAGGCAGCAUUUCGACGCUGUGGUCCUUCCUCCUCCGGUACGGCUACACUCAGCCGAGGUAUCUGGGCGUCGAAGGUAUCUUCCUACUGUUUGCGAGGAUUGCUUUGGGCCGGUGGAGCUACCGCUAGCAAUAAAGUGCUGGAAGCGCUUGUUAGCCGAUUCACCCGCAACCGCCAGAUAACGCUGGAAGGAUACCUUCUAUCGAUGGCACGAUUACAUUUGGCACAUGAGCGCUAUCACAGCUUGGAUGCCAAAGCGAAAGCGAGCCCUCUAUCGCUGGAAGAGAUGAUUCUUAUGACCAUCUAUUCGUGAGGUUCUAAUCAGUAGAAGAGACGCAGGAAAUUGAAAAUUGAAAAGUGAACCUUUAAAAAACAUCUUCAUCACCAAAGAGAGACACACAACUAGAACAAACGUAUCCGGAUUACAACCAAUUGUUUUUUUGUUUUGUUUUGUUUUGUACAUGAUUAUUGAUGCUAAAAGCCGCGCGUGUGUGUAUAUGUUUGUAUAAUUAUUAACAAAAGAAACCAUGUAUUACUACACAUAUAAAUUCCAAACACUAAUCAGAUGUUAGAAUAUUGAGCAGGAAAAGCGUAUAGAAAAAUUGUAACAAGUAAAACAAAUGCAGCGUGGCCAAAACGAAGCAACAAUCAUCCAACAUAAAUGCAAUAUUAAGUUAAAUAGACUGAUAAUUAAAUAAAUGAAUAUUUAUGAAACUCGUUA